GUAAUUGAGAUGCAUCUUUCCAGCAUUCAAAAAAACAGUUGUUAUUUUCUCGUUCAGUGGAGGUCGAUUAAUGUGUUUGUUGUGUUUUGAUUUUCGCAACUUUCGUAAUUAUACCAAGGUGAAUACGUGAUCGUUGUUCAUAGUUUGCUGGAAUAAGAAAACUAAUGUAGUUUAAGAACAUAUUAAAACAAAUCAUAAAAUGAUAACGGAAAAAAAACUAGACAAGAAAGUAAUCAUGGAUAGUUUCGAAGAGAGUGACUCAAGUGAGCAGGAGAAUGGUUUUCUCUUAUUUUUAAAAAGGAAUAGUGAUGAAGGAACACUAUAUCCUUUAUCAGAAGGUACAACAACAAUUGGAGCUUCUUUAAGUGCAGAUGUUCGUAUAAAAUUGGAAGAUGUUCGUUUAGAAGCAAUUCAUUGUGUUAUAGAGGUCAAUGAAAACAGAAUUGCGACAAUUAUUAACAAAUCCUCUAAAUAUCCAAUAACAGUCAACAAUUCUAUUGUUAGAAAAGCCAGAAUUCUAAGAAAUGAGGAUUUAAUCGAAAUAUUUGGAAAAAGGAUUCAAUAUAAAAACGAAUUUCUUACAGAACAGGAAAUUGGUGAGGCAGAACAGAAAUUGCCUGCCUUAUAUAGAAACAGAAAAAAAUCCCCAAUACCAAUAAGCCAAACAGAAAGGAAACCGAUUAUAGUUUCCAAAGCUCUACCCCAUUCCACAUCUAAACGUCGUAUGUCGCUACAAGAACAUCGCUACAAGAAUCAAACACAUCUGCUAAUUCCAAAAGUUUCACAUAAACUUAAUAUGCUAAAACCACCCCAGUCGAAUGCUCAACGUUUCUCAAACAAUGCGAAUUGUUCUAAAGAUACUUCUAGGAAGUCUAAUGUGAAAACUCCUAGACAGCAAGUAUACGCUAGAACUUCCAUUAGAAAUAGCACAAAAAUAAGGCAAAGCAGAAAUAAAAUAAUCUCAUUUGAAUCAGAAAACCUGCAAAUGUCUGCAUUGUCACCCUUACCGAAAUUUUCUUUGAGUGAAAAUGAUACUGAAGAAGAUGUAUUUAUAGAUCAGUCUCAUAAUAAGGAAUCUAAAAAUAUUGGAGAUCUUGCUUCACUAGAAUAUUUGCUUGUGCCUGAAAAACUUGAGAUUGGAAAAUCUAUUUGCUCAGAGUCUGAAAUUGAAGAAAAUGUACCACCCACAUAUUCAUCUCCAGCUUUAAAUGACGAGGAAAAAAAAUUAGAAUUUGAUGAAUCUUGGCAGGGUAAUAGUGUAUAUGCCUCAAAUAUAAGUAAUAAUAGACAAGAGUCAGGUCUUGAUGACUCUGAAAGCACAGAUGAUAAUGUUCCUUCUAGAAAAUUAUCUUCAACUAAAAAAAGUACAAAGAAAAAAUCCUUAAAUCAAUCGUCUGCCUCUAGAAAAUCUUUGAAAAGGAAUCAACCAGAUGGGAUAUUACAAAAACCCAAAUUGGAAGAUAAUAUAUUCUCUACCAAUUUAUCCUUAUUUAGAAAGACAGUUGGUAAAAGAAAAUCAGUACAAUCGAAUAAGUCAUUCACUAUGGAAGAACAAAGUUGUAGUACUGAUGAAAGCAUUAUACCAACAUCUUCCUCAGUUAGAAAGAGCACGGGGAACAAAUCUCUCCAAAUAGAAAAUUAUUCACACAUUGCAACGAUUGAAUCUAAAGCAAAUACUACCAAGCCAUCCCGGUUAAGCGUGCAACAAAGUUUCUCAAACACCGCUAAGUAUUCUGGAGGAAACUCCAUAAGGAAAACUAAUUUAAAAACCCCUAGACAGCAACAAUAUGCUAGAACUACUGUCAGUAAUAGUACAAAGACUGUAACAAGACGAAGUAGAAAUAAGAUAGCCUCAGAUGAAUCUGAAUACCUGCAAAUAUCUCCGUUUUCACCUUUAUCAAAAUACUCAAUGAGUGAAACUGAUACUGAAGACAAUUCGUUUAUUUACCAAAAUCAAAAUAACAAUUCUCACAAUUACAUAAUUGAAGAUCUUUCUCCGCUAGAGUAUUUGGUUACAUCUGAUAAUCUCAAAAAUGAUCUUAAGUCGCCUGGUACUAGAAAGUCGAGGCAAAGAAAUGGCCAAGAAUCCGAACUUGAAGAAAAAUCUUCCUCACGUAUAUUCUCAAUUACUAGCGCGAAAACUAAGAAAACUAGAAAUAGUGCACCAAACAAGUCUCUGAUUCGGACGCCAGGAAAAACGUUAAAAAUGAAUCAGUCAGAAGUUGUACUUAGAAAAUCAGAUACAAGAGAAUCCUCAGUUAGAAAGACAACAAGUAAUAGAAGAUCAACAAAAUCAAACAAGUCAUUCAAUAUGAAGGAACAAAGCUCUAGUAAUGAUUGUGGUAGAGUAUCAAGAUUAUCAUCAGUUAAAAAGAGCAUAACAAAUAAUUCAAAAAAUCAGAUGCCAAAUAGAUCAAACUCUAGCCUGUCCUCAACUAGUGCUUUAGAAGAUCUUCUUGAUUAUGAGAUUGAAAGUGAUACUUCAAAAACUAAAACAUUAUCUUCACCUAUAAAAAGCAUUUCAAAUACAUCUGGUUCUAGACUAUCAUCUCAAUCUUAUACCGAAGAGAAUUGUGAAUUUUCUACAAUAUUAUCUGAGGCUGGAGGUGAUGGACAGAACAAAUCACAGAUUUGCACACCAAACUUUAGGAAAGUGACAUCAUCUUCCUUAAGUAAAAGUGUAAGGCUAAGAUCUCAAAGUACCAAUUGCUCCAAUUUUGAGAAUCAGUCGCUUUCUCCAAUUAGCUUGUCCACAACUGCAGAUACUUCACUAGAAAAAUCUAGGAGAAGGUCUUCAGCUAGAGCAAGUAUGUCUCAUGUACAGACAACAACAAAUUAUGAACUGUCGAUCCUAGCAAAUGAUUCCCUAGAUAUCAGUAGAUCUGAAUUUGAACAGCAUCUUUCCCCUUCGAAAAUGUCUUCUGUGAGAAAGGCCACAAAAUAUACAUCAUCUAACAGUAACAGUAGAGCAUCUAAAGAAGAACUUAUAAGUUUGGAGGAUGUGAACAAUUCUGUAAAGAAUUCAAAGAGUCUUAGUAAUACAUUAGUGAACUUGUCUGAAUCAGAGAAAACAAUGAGUGUGUCAAAUGUACAAGAUAAUGUAACUAAAAGACCUCUUAGAAUCAGAAAAUCUACUGCUCACGAUGAUUUCAUUUAUGGUUCAUUUACUUCUGAAGUUUCUUUCAAAACAGAUAAUUCCAAUAAAUAUGAUUCUACCACUCUUCCCUUGUAUACAUAUAUAAAUAAUAAGAGUUGUUCAACAAAGGAAUCUGAAUGCUCCAACGUAAAUUCUACUAAAGACAGUGAGAUUGUUUCUACAGUUUCUGUAUUGUAUGACAAUGAUAGUUCAAUAAAUGCCACUGAUGCUAAUUUAAAUCAAAGAAGUAGUCGUUCAAUUGUUCAAACCAAUUUGUCAACUCCAAACAGCCCAAGAGUUGGAAGCAAUAUAUCUCUACCAUACCAACCCAUCACUGAGGAUAUAACACCAGGAACACCUGUUGAUAAUACAGAAGUUGACAUAGGUAUCAAAACUCCACUCAAUACUCCUCAUCUCUUCAAAAAUAUAAGAAAAUCUGUCUUACAAUCUCGAGAAAGAAAAUCUGUUUUACAAUAUCGAGACAGACUUAAAAAAUCAUGCAACCGUUAUAAUAAAGAUACACCUUCAGAGAAGUCCAAAAAGAGACCUAGGGAAUCUGCUCCUAUUAUCAGGUCUAAUAAAAGGAUCAAAUUAACAGUAGAUGAAAAUCAUAGUUACGAUGAGGGGCUUUCUUCAUUCACCUCUUUCACUUCUGAUGAAGUGUUUGAAGAAGAUGAUCCUCAUGAUGUAGCAGCUGGUACUCCUAAACAUAUCAUUGACCUAACGAAUAAACCUGUCAUUACAUAUCCUUUAACUAGAUUUUCCACAAAGCUCCAACAGAAUAAACCUAUCACUGUGAGAAAGUCUUUACCAUCUUUAGAUCAAAUUCAAAAUAAGGCAAAAUCUUUAAAAUCUAAUAGAAGAUCUUUACAAAUAAGUACUUUCUCGACUACAGAUGUAGGUGAAACUAUUUCAGAGUCAAUGCCUACAAUUAAAUCCCCAACACCUAAAAAGAAAACUAAUAAAUUUCAGAAAGAGCCUAAUAAUGAUUUGUCGAAUGUAGAAGGUGUUAAUAGACUAUUUAGAACUCCCAGAGUACCAAAAACACCUAAAAAUGAUUUAACAAAUAUACCACCUAUAAAGAAGUUUUUUACAACUCCUAAACAAGUAAAUUCACCUAAAAAUGAUUUGACAAGUAUCCCACAUAUCAAAAAGAUCUUCGCGACUCCCAAAAAGGUCAAUUCACCUAAAAAUGAUUUAACAGAUAUACCAAGUGUCAAAAAUUUCUUCGCUACACCAAAAAAAGUAAAUUCUCCUAAAAAUGAUCUAACAAAUAUACCAUGUGUCAAGAAAAUCUUCACCACUCCUAGAAAAGUAAAUUCUCCUAAGAACGAUUUGACAAAAGUACCGAAUUUACGAAAAAUUAUGUCUCCUAAACAACAAAAUUCUCCUAAAAAUGAUUUAACUGACGUAAGAGGAAUAAAGAAGUUGUUAGAACCUCCUCGAGAACCCAAAGAGCCUCUUAAUGAUUUAACUGAUGUUCAUGGCUUGAAAAAAUUGAUGAGUACGCCCAAAGCCCAAAAACAACCAUUGAAUGAUCUUAGCGACGUUGAAGGAGUUGCAAAUAUUUUCAAUACUUCAGUUAAUCAAAGUUUAAGUAACGCCAGCGAUAUAGAAAAUAAUGAAGAUCUAUUUAAUAGAAUUUUCAACAAAAAAGUCCUGAAAACGUACAGAUCAAAGAGCAUGUCUCCUCAAAAACAAUUCGAUGCUUAUGGGGCCAUCAGAAAAUCUAUUGGAGAUCAACCUGAAGUUAGCCCCCGAGUUUCUGUUUGGGUUAAAGAACAGAAGGAAUUAAAGAAAAAGGUUGCUCCAGUAAUACGAAGUAAAGGAAAAAACAAAAGAAAAGAAUUUGAAAAUGUCCAGUGCCUCACAGUGUCUUUAACAAAAGAGAAAACAGAUGCUUCUAAAGAAUCAGAAAAGGUCAAAACAAAAGAAGAGCUUAACUUCAAAACUUUGGAAACAAGAAGUACCCGGAAGAAAAAGGAAAAUAACGAAAUGGAAAUUGCUAGUACUUCUGAAGAAAUAGAAGGAAGAAAAGACGUUGAAAUUGACUCAGAUAUUCAGAACCUCGAAGGUUCAUCUCCAAAUAAAAAAACAAGAAGCAAGUUGAAAGCCGCACACAUUGUUGAAGAAAAUGCAACUCCUAAUUCUCCAAAGCCCGUUAGAGGAAGACGAAAUGCUACCAAGAAAGUAAAAAAAAAUGAAGAAACAGUUAAAGAUACAGUGUUUGCUGCUGAUACAGAAGUCAUCACUUUGGAUUCUUCCAAAUCUAAUAGGAGAAGACGAAACAAAACUAACAGAACGAUUUCAAAUGACACAGAACCCAUGACUUUAGAUUCUCCUAAGCUAGUUAGAGGUAAAGCUAUUAAGAAGGUAAAAGAAAUCGAGAAAUCCUCUAAAGAUACUGUGACUGUUAAUAAGGAGAAUAUUACAAGUAAUAAAGAUUUAGACACUUUAGAUUCAUCUAAACCUGUUCGAGGAAGAAGAAACGCUACCAAGAAGUUGGAAGAUACUGAAGAGGUAACAAGAAGUAUAGAGGCGACUACUAAGAAUGUUAGGGGAAAUUGGAAUGCUAGUAAGAAGGCUGAAGAAACAGAGAAAUCGGUGGAAAAAAUUGCUACAUUUGAUUCACCUAAAUCUGUUUCUGGAAGAAGAAAUGCUUCUAGAAAAAUAGCAGAAAUUGAAGAACAUGUUGAAGAUAUUACAUCAAUGAUUAAUGGUGAUAUGAAAACCACUGUUAGAACAAGACGUAAUGCUGGCAAGAACAACACACUAGACAUAGAACAUUUAGUAGAAGAUUCACCUAAAUUGACUACUAGAGGAAGAAGGAAUAAAAAAAUAGUAAAUUAUGCUGAAUCUUCAGAGAGGGUGAAAACUAAUAUACCUUCUGUGGAGGAAAACCGAGUUGUGGAUUUGCCAAAAGUUAAAACAAGAGGAAGAAGAAAUAUAAAUAAAAACGAAAAUAUUGAUAAUUCCUUACAAGAAACGUCUAAGGAAGAAACAGUAGUUGGGAAGAGAGGCAGAAAAAAUGCUACUAGGAAGAACACCUUGAGAAACACUUCAUCUGCGCCAAACUCCGAAUCUGAAGUCAAAAAACAAGUUGAUACCAAAUCUAUUUUACAGGAAUCUAAUUCUGCUGUUGAGAGUCCAAAAGUAAGAAAAAGAAAAAUAAAUCAAGUUGAAUCAAAUAUAGACGGUGAGAAUUGUUCCAAUAAAAAUACUCCACCUGCUAAUAAAAGGAGUAAAAAAAAAGCUGUCGAAGAUGUAAAGGAAAAUCUUAUCGAAAGAGACGUUGAAUCAAUCAAAUCGGCGAAAAAAUCGAAAAUAAGCAAAGAAAUAGAUGAAAGUGAAGAUAAACAACAACCUGUAAAGAAAUCGACGCGUGCAAAAAAGAUUGCAAAAAAACAUGAAUCAGAAGUAGAUGAUUCGCCUCAGGUAAUAAUAACGAGAAGAACGAGACGAAAAAAAGUACACUUUGAAAUUUAAUUUCUUAUUGUAUACGGUGUGGAAACAACUUGCCGGUUAGGAAUAUUUCUAAUCAUUGUUGAAAUUUUGUUUACCGACGAGCUGCAUUUUGCACUAGAGGAGAAGCAGAAUCAAAUUCGAACGUUGAUAGGUAAUGACUAAUUCAUAGGGCGAUUUAAUUUUUUGUAUAGUUCGUGGCCAAAAUAUAGUGUACAGCACUAAUUGCAUAAUUUACUAUUUCUUUUUUAGAUCUGAUUUUGGUUAAGUUGAAAGUAUAAUUAGUGGUUGUUUAAAAACAGUCAUUCGAAGUUUAGCUACUAUUAUUUGGAUCAUAUCAUCAUUUGUUACAAAAAAUAUGUGAUAAUUGGAAUAGUUUGGAAUUAAAAGUAUGUAACAUAUAAGAUUUUAUCAAAUUGGAAUUUCUGGAGUUGUUUGUGAUCUUUAUACAACCAAUAAUUACAAUUACACCGUCUUUGGAGUUUUCUGUAGGUCACUGGUAUGUAUCCGACUCGAUGGAAAAGACAGUGUAAUUGUGAAUGUUGGUUUAGUGGUAAUAAACAGUUUGGUAUAAACUUUCAUUAUCUAUACUCUAAUUGUUUAAUGUUGUUAUCAACCCCACUUUUCCACUAUUCAGCUCUCAAUUAUUCUAAUUUGAUCUAAUCUUUUUUAAUUUAUUGAUUUUAAUACCAUUCUUAAAUAUUCACAUGCACUUUUCAAUUAAGUAGCUUCAUAUUCUUAAUUAUUCAUAAUUAUUCUUCUGCAAGAUUUUUUUUAAACUUUAUUCUUUGUUUUAUGAAAAAAUUUAAAUUAUUAUCUGAUAAUCAGCGAGACAGUUGAACUAAUUUGCUCAAGUAUCACUUUUGUAAGCGAAUACAGAAAGUACGUUGUAAGUAGGUCAUUUUGUAUUUUCAUUUACUGGGUGUUGAAAUUGUCCCACACUGUAUACUAACACCAUAUGAUUUAUUUGAUUUUUUUAUUUGUUGAUUUCUAAUGAUACUGAAAUAAUUUUUAUAAACCCCUGUUUUAUAAUUCAAUGAUAAAACUGAAAUCCUAUCUUUAUAUCUGUAAUUCAGUAAAUUUUAUUUUUUCAUAAUAUAAUUCGAGGGAUAUUCGUGAAUUAAGUUUUAUUUUGAACUAGACAAACAGAUACAGCAAAUAAAUUUAUAUCUCUGACCGCCAAGGAAAGUCUUCAAGUGUCGUAGCAAAUUCAAAUCACUAGAAGGGAGAUUGGGACUGUUUGGAGGAUUCUCAUAAGGUCAAUGUCAAGCAUUGUUGAGACUUCUUUGGCGCUUAUUCUGAACCAAAAGCUGUAUCGUUAAUUGAUUCAAAAGAUCUUUUGAGAACGUAGAUAUAAAGGAGAGGCUAAUAUAAUGCAUUUUAUAUCCAAGAAGAACAUGUUAGAUGCAGUGUUUUUAAUAUUCCUCAAUCAUCUCCAUAAUUGUCAUUUUAUACUUGUUUAUGUUUUAUUGUCUUCGCCAAGAAGUGAUUAAUGUACUAUAAUUCCUGUAUAAAUUUAUCUCAUCGUAUAUUUUAGUAUUCUCAUUUUUAUUAUUAUUUUUGUUGCUCAAAGUUCUACCUCUGACCGCCAAACAAACGGAAUUUGAUCAGAGAUGUUUGCUCCAAAUGUUCACAUUCUGAACACUGUAUCAUGCUGUUUUAUCAUGGUAUCACUUCGUAUAUCUCACCGAUUAAUCAAUGAAUCAAGGGGAUGGUUUGCUAAUUAAUUCCCAUCUCAAUGUUAAAACAACUAACAGAAAGUUGCAAAUAUCGUCAUGAUGCAGAUAAACUUAUUUUAUGAAUAUUUCUCAUUUUGAUAAAAUCAGUAAAUAAAAUUUUAAACUACUGAUCACUGAGUGAUUCUGUAACUGAUCCAAAGUUUUCUAUAUUUAAAUAAAAAAGAAUAGGAUGCUUUCUAAUAGCCUUUUAAAAGAGGGAAUUUUUGUGAUAUAUUUUUUUGUCAAAAAAAAUUUUUUUUGUUCUCAUAACACAUUGUAUAGUUUUGUACUCCAUUAGAACCAAAUCAUUUCAAUUGCUUGAAUAUUGACAGUUUGAUCCCAAUUUCUACUUCUUAACAGGUUACAAUAGGAUUUUGCAGCAAAUUGCAUAAAAUAAUGAAAUUUUGGAAAUAUUUUUGUAUCUGUCCGAUUUAGGAUCACUAUAAAAACACGUUAAUUUGGCGUUUUCGAGGUCGCAAAAUCCAUUUAUCGAGGUCCAAGAAGGGAAUUAGUUCAGUUUGCGGUUCAGCUUUUUGAAGCGGAUUCCUUUUGAUUAUAAAAAUAUCGCAUUUCAUAGAAAAAUAUCCUUUUCCUCAGUUAACGGCUAAUUAAAAUUACAUACAUUAAGCUAAAGUAUACCUAAAUAGAAAAUAGAUCCGUUCCUUGGUCUGCUUUGAAACAUCGAAGGACAGUUACCAAUUCGAAUGUAAAUGGAAGUUAAAUAAAUUAAAACAGGAUCAAUUAUUUUUACUUUUUCCAAUUAUACGUCUUUCUCAGCCAAGCCUUCGACUCCUACAAAUUGGACCCUCCAAAAAUAAUCUUUCGUUCAAUUUUAAAUCCAGUUCAAAAAACCGGAAGUGAACCAAUCCAUUGUUGAUAAAGUGGUACUGGUACUAAUAUAUACAGAACCUCGAUAAAUGGAUUUUCGACCACGAAAACGCUACGUUAACACGAUUUAAUUAUUAUCCUAAACAGGAAUGAUAUGGAAAUAUCUUUAAUUUAUAUUAUUUAAUUAAAAAUUGACUUAUUUCAGUAGAAUUAGUGGAAAAUGAAGAUUAGAUCUUUAAUUUGAUUUUUAACCUCUAGGAGUAUUAACAAAAUUACAAUGCAGGGAAAAAAAUUUUAAUAUAGGCAACGAACUUCAUAUUCAAUUUUAUAUUUAUUUUACUGGCAGUGUGAAUUCUAAAUUUAUUUUAUGUACCUAGAUAUAGUUACGUGCCAAAAUUAUAUUUUAGAUAUAGAAAAAGUGGUUUUUUUGGAAUGUGUAUUUCAAGUCCCACUUGUAGAAUUAGUUAAUAUCACAUCAUACCUAAUAUCAUAAAACUCUGUCCCCAAGAAAAUUCAUCAAAUAUUCAAUACAUUCAAAAUGAAUGAGAGAAAGUUGAUUGUACCUAAUUCAUUUCGAAAAUCUAAUGUCGGUGGUACAGGAAUCGAGGACAUGUGUAUAUUUUCGCAAAUAAUCCUCGAAUCGAAACUGUUCGUUCUAAUGAAAUUCCAACAAUUGGAGGGUAAGUUAUUUAUUUAUUAGGCGAGGGGAACGGAUCUUAGUGGACGAAAGAACUCUAUAAAUAUUCUCGUGCUCAUUUGAACUGAAGUCAGUGCUAUUACACUCUUAUUCCCUCUGUAUACCUUUUUAAUCAUCCAUUUUGGUUGUGUGACUCACUUAUUGGAGUAUGUGCUUCUAUUAUAUUUGUUUUUUGUAGAUUUCUAGUAUUUUAUUCGUUGAAUUCAGAAUAUCAGAAAUAAUUUUUUUUAUUGUAAAUUAUAACAAUAAAACUUUAGUUUCAGCUUACUAUUUUACAUAUUUUUUUUAUAUUAUAGUUCAAUAUUAUACUUAUACAGGAAACAUUCGAAUAAAAAUUAUUUUCUACUUUAACAUCAGCAUAUACUGUAUGAGUAGUAAAACAUUUGUUUAUUCAAAUAUAUAUGCAGUACAAUUCCUUUAAAAGUCAAAAAGUGUGUUGAAACAGUACAGUUUUAUGUAUACAUUGAAUAAAAUAUUGUUUUACAACACUUUUAUUCUUUUAAAAUAAAAAUCAACACUGUGUGUUGCUACAAAAAUGUUUUAAGUACCCUCAUAAUUUAAAUUGUAUAAAAUAUUUUAAUAAAGAUUUUAUCUAAA